AUGGAGUCCAGGGAAAUCUUAAGCACCUCCCGGCAAAGGGGGGACGAGUCGGAAUUCCUGCCUGUCUCCUCAGCCAAGCCACCGACUGCUCCCGGCUGUGCAGGAGAAUCUUUGCUCUCUGCUCCAGGACCUGGGAAGGGGAUCCCAGUGGGCGGAGAACGCAUGGAGCCAGAGGAGGAGGAUGAACUGGGCUCAGGGCAGGAUGUGGAUUCCAACUCAAAUGCAGACAGUGAGAAAUGGGUUGCAGGAGAUGGCCUGGAAGAACAGGAAUUUUCUAUCAAGGAGGCAAACUUUACAGAGGGGAGUCUGAAGCUGAAGAUUCAGACCACCAAGCGGGCUAAGAAACCCCCAAAGAAUCUGGAGAACUAUAUAUGCCCCCCUGAGAUCAAGAUCACCAUUAAGCAGUCUGGCGACCAGAAGGUGUCCCGUGCUGGGAAAAAUAGCAAAGCCACAAAGGAGGAGGAAAGAAGCCACUCCAAAAAGAAGCUCCUCACAGCCAGUGACCUUGCAGCCAGUGACCUCAAAGGAUUUCAGCCACAGGCUUACGAGCGGCCACAGAAACACUCAGCUCUCCACUAUGACCCAGGCCUCCCACAGGACGUCACCAGUGACACCUUAAAACCAAAGCACCAGCAAAAAAGCAGCAGCCAGAACCACAUGGACUGGUCCACCAACUCUGACAGUGGACCUGCCACUCAGAAUUGCUUCAUCAGUCCAGAGUCUGGCAGAGAAACUGCAAGCACCAGCAAGAUCCCUGCUCUUGAGCCCGUGGCUUCCUUUGCAAAGGCCCAGGGUAAGAAAAGCAGUGCAGGGAGCACAUGGAGUCAGUUGUCCAACAGCAGCAAAGAUCUGCUCUUGGGAGGCGUGGUCCCAUCCCCAGGCAGCCACAGCUCACCAGCCCCACCCAGCAGCUCUGUCGAGUGCAAUGGGCUUCAGCCCUUGGUAGAUCAAGAUGGCGGAGUUGCAAAGGAGCCCCCAGAACCACCUACUAUAGGCAGCAAGAAAAAGUCCAGUAAAAAAGAUGUGAUAAAUCAAACCAUAUCAAACCCGGACCUGGACUGGGUCAAGAAUGCCCAGAAAGCAUUUGACAAUACAGAAGGGAAAAGGGAAGGCUACUCUGCAGAUAAUGCCCAAGAGGCAUCACCAGCCAGGCAGAACACGAGUUCUGUCAGUAAUCCUGAAAAUGACUCAAGUCAUGUCCGGAUUACUAUCCCUAUCAAGGCACCCUGUCUAGAUCCAACCAGCCAUAAGAGGAAAAAGAGACAGUCCAUCAAAGCAGUGGUGGAAAAGAUCAUGCCAGAGAAAGCCCUGGCUUCUGGAAUCACUAUGAGCAGUGAAGUGGUUAAUAGGAUACUCUCUAACCCUGAGGGAAAUAAGAAAGAUCCCCGUGUCCCUAAAUUGAGUAAAAUGAUAGAGAACGAGUCCCCCUCAGUUGGCCUUGAAACAAGUGGAAAUGCCGAGAAAGUCAUUCCAGGAGGUCUGUCUAAGCAGCGGAAGCCACCCAUGAUCGUGACGCCUCCAGCGUGCACAGACCACUCUCCAUCGAGAAAGCUGCCAGAAAUCCAGCAUCCCAAAUUUGCUGCAAAACGGAGGUGGACAUGCAGCAAACCAAAGCCCACCAGUAUGCUUCGGGAGGCAGUCAUGGCCACCUCCGAUAAACUGAUGGUGGAACCGCCAUCUGCCUAUCCCAUCACCCCAUCCAGCCCUCUGUACACCAACACAGACAGUCUUACUGUGAUCACGCCAGUCAAGAAGAAGCGGGGGCGGCCGAAGAAGCAGCCUUUGCUCACGGUUGAGACGAUUCACGAGGGGACUUCUACCAGCCCGGUCAGUCCCAUCAGCCGGGAGUUCCCUGGCACGAAGAAAAGAAAGAGACGACGCAGUUUAGCUAAGUUGGCCCAACUAGUGCCAGGAGAGGACAAGCCCAUGAGCGAGAUGAAAUUUCACAAAAAAGUUGGAAAGCUUGGGGUGUUGGAUAAGAAGACCAUCAAAACUAUCAAUAAGAUGAAAACACUCAAGAGAAAAAAUAUCUUGAACCAGAUCUUGUCCUGCUCCAGCAACAUUGCUCUGAAGGCUAAAGCUCCCCCAGAGACCAGCCCUGGGGCAGCAGCCAUCGAGAGCAAAUUGGGCAAGCAGAUUAAUGUCAGCAAGAGGGGAACCAUCUACAUUGGCAAGAAGAGGGGCAGGAAGCCAAGAGCAGAGCUGCCACCCCCAUCUGAGGAACCCAAAACAGCCAUCAAGCACCCAAGGCCUGUUUCUAGCCAGCCGGAUGUUCCAGCCGUGCCUUCCAACUUUCAGUCACUUGUGGCGUCUUCACCAGCAGCUAUGCACCCACUUUCAACACAGUUAGGUGGGUCAAAUGGCAACCUGAGCCCCGCCAGCACUGAAACCAAUUUUUCAGAGUUGAAAACUAUGCCAAAUCUCCAGCCUAUCAGUGCUCUUCCAACCAAAACCCAAAAGGGAAUACACAGUGGAGCCUGGAAGCUGUCUCCCCCCAGGCUGAUGGCCAACUCACCUUCCCACCUUUGCGAGAUUGGGUCACUCAAGGAAAUAACGCUGUCCCCUGUGAGCGAGUCGCACAGUGAGGAGACGAUCCCAAGCGACAGCGGCAUUGGGACGGACAACAACAGCACGUCUGACCAAGCAGAGAAGAGUUCAGAAUCCCGACGGAGGUACUCUUUUGACUUCUGCUCCCUGGACAACCCGGAGACCAUUCCGUCUGACACCAGCACAAAGAACCGGCAUGGCCACCGGCAGAAGCAUCUCAUGGUGGACAACUUCCUGGCCCAUGAAAGCCUCAAGAAGCCAAAGCACAAGAGGAAACGGAAAAGCCUGCAAAAUCGUGAUGACCUUCAGUUUCUGGCAGACCUGGAAGAGCUCAUCACCAAGUUCCAGGUGUUCAGGAUCUCCCACCGGAGUUACACCUUCUACCACGAGAAUCCGUAUCCCAGCAUUUUUCGGAUUAAUUUCGAUCACUAUUACCCGGUGCCAUAUAUCCAGUAUGACCCGUUGCUCUAUCUUCGCAGGACUUCAGACUUGAAGUCAAAGAAGAAGCGUGGUAGGCCUGCAAAAACCAAUGACACCAUGACAAAGGUGCCUUUUUUACAAGGGUUCAGCUACCCUAUUCCCAGUGGAAGUUACUAUGCACCCUAUGGAAUGCCUUACACAUCAAUGCCUAUGAUGAACCUUGGUUAUUACAGUCAGUACCCAGCUCCUUUGUACCUGUCGCACACACUUGGAGCAGCUUCCCCAUUCAUGAGGCCAACAGUGCCACCACCUCAGUUCCACACAAGCUCCCACGUGAAGAUGUCUGGUACAGCUAAGCAUAAAGCAAAGCAUGGAGUGCACCUGCAGGGACCUGUCGGCAUGGGCCUUGGCGACAUGCAGCCAUCCCUGAAUCCUCCCAAGGCGGGCAGUGCCGGUCUGUCCAGCGGUCGGCUCCACAAGAGAAAACACAAACACAAGCAUAAGCACAAGGAAGACCGGAUCCUGGGGACCCAUGACAACCUGAGUGGUCUCUUUGCAGGCAAAGCCACAGGCUUCCCCAGCCACAUCCUGAGCGAGCGGCUGAGUAGUGCGGACAAGGAGCUCCCACUAGUGAGUGAGAAGAAUAAGCAUAAGGAGAAGCAGAAGCACCAGCACAGUGAAGCCGGCCACAAAGCUUCUAAGAACAACUUUGAGGUGGACACCCUGUCUACACUGUCACUUUCUGAUGCCCAGCAUUGGACACAGGCCAAGGAUAAAGGUGACUUGAGCAGUGAGCCUACAGACUCGUGCACAAAGAGGUACUCUGGCAGUGGUGGGGAUGGUGGCAGCACCCGACCCGAGAGCCUGGACGUGUUCAGUGACAUGACCCCUUCAAAUGACAAGUGGGACAGUGACAUGAGCGGGAGUAAAAGGAGGAGCUAUGAGGGCUUUGGGACAUACAGGGAAAAGGACAUCCAAGCCUUCAAGAUGAGCCGCAAGGAGAGAAGUUCUUACGACUCCUCCCUGUCUCCAGGAAUGCCAAGUCCCCACCUAAAAGUGGACCAAACGGCACCACAUAGUAAGAACGAGGGCUCCGCGUCCACCAUGAUGACCAGGAAGAAGCCAGCCGCAGUUGACAGUGUUGCAAUCCCACCAACCCCAGUGUUAUCUCUCCUUGCUGCUUCUGCAGCAACGUCCGAUGCAGCCAGCUCCUCCCUGAAGAAGCGAUUCAAGCGGCGGGAGAUCGAGGCCAUCCAGUGCGAGGUGCGCAAGAUGUGCAACUACACGAAGAUCCUGUCCACCAAGAAGAACCUGGACCACGUGAACAAGAUCCUGAAGGCCAAGCGGCUGCAGAGACAAUCAAAGACAGGCAACAACUUCGUCAAGAAGAGGAGAGGGCGUCCCCGAAAGCAGCCCACCCAGUUCGAUGAGGACUCCAGAGACCAAAUGCCGGUGCUGGAAAAAUGCAUCGACCUUCCCAGCAAGAGGGGGCAGAAGCCGAGCCUGAGCCCGCUCGUCUUGGAGCCGGCCGCCACCCAAGACACCAUCAUGGCCACCAUCGAGGCGGUCAUCCACAUGGCCCGGGAGGCGCCGCCCCUAAGCUGGGCAGGCAGAAUCGCGCCCGAUGACGGGGUUGAGCCAUCCGUAGCUCUUGGGAAAGCAAAGCAGGGGGACGCCUUCAACAGAAGCUGGUCUGUGCUUUACAGCAGUUCCAAACCAAGCGGCAUUUCAGUAUGGCUAGAUCCUUUGCAGGCGAGAAGACCCAUCGAGGAGGAGAAAGCCGGUGGUGGUGCUCUUUGA